CGCGGUGACGCGCUCAGUCGCGGGCAGCCGGGGCCCGGAGCGGAGGCAGCGGCGGCGGCGGCGGCGGCAGGAUGAACAGCAUCAAGAACGUGCCGGCGCGGGUGCUGAGCCGCAGGCCGGGCCACAGCCUGGAGGCGGAGCGCGAGCAGUUCGACAAGACCCAGGCCAUCAGCAUCAGCAAAGCCAUCAACGCCCAGGAGGCCCCCGUGAAGGAGAAGCACGCCCGGCGCAUCAUCCUGGGCACGCACCAUGAGAAGGGCGCCUUCACCUUCUGGUCCUAUGCCAUCGGCCUGCCGCUCCCCAGCAGCUCCAUCCUCAGCUGGAAGUUCUGCCAUGUCCUCCACAAGGUCCUGCGAGACGGGCACCCCAACGUUCUGCAUGACUGCCAGCGGUACCGGAGCAACAUCCGGGAGAUCGGGGAUCUGUGGGGGCAUCUGCAUGACCGAUACGGGCAACUGGUGAACAUCUACACCAAGCUGCUGCUGACCAAGAUCUCCUUCCACCUCAAGCACCCCCAGUUUCCUGCGGGUCUGGAGGUGACAGAUGAGGUGUUGGAGAAGGCAGCUGGGACUGACAUCAACAACAUCUUCCAGCUCACCGUGGAGAUGUUCGAUUACUUGGACUGCGAGCUGAAGCUUUCCGAAUCAGUUUUCCGGCAGCUCAACACGGCCAUCGCCGUGUCCCAGAUGUCCUCGGGCCAGUGCCGCCUGGCCCCCCUCAUCCAGGUCAUCCAGGACUGCAGCCACCUGUACCACUACACGGUGAAGCUCCUGUUCCAGCUGCACGCCUGUCUCCCGGCCGACACCCUGCAGGGUCACAGGGACCGUUUCCAGGAGCAGUUCCACAGCCUCCGGAACUUCUUCCGCAGAGCCUCCGACAUGCUCUACUUCAAGCGGCUCAUCCAGAUCCCCCGGCUGCCCGAGGGACCCCCCAACUUCCUGCGGGCCUCUGCGCUGGCUGAGCACGUCAAGCCCGUGGUGGUGGUCCCUGAGGAGGCCCCAGAGGAGGAGGAGCCUGAGACCCUCAUCGAGAUCAGCUCCGGGCCGCCCGCCGGGGAGCCAGCGGUGGUGGCCGACCUCUUUGAGCAGACGUUCGGGCCUCCCAACGGCUCCAUGAAGGAUGACAGGGACCUCCAGAUUGAGAACUUGAAGAGAGAGGUGGAGACGCUGCGUGCCGAGCUGCAAAAGAUCAGGCUGGAGGCCCAGCGGUAUGUCACGCAGCUGAAGGGCCAGGUGAAUGCACUGGAGGCCGAGCUGGAGGAGCAGCGGAAGCAGAAGCAGAAGGCCCUGGUGGAUAACGAGCAGCUCCGCCAUGAGCUGGGCCUGCUGAGGGCCACCCAGCUGGAGGGGGAGCGGAACCAGGGGCUGCGUGAGGAGGCUGAGAAGAGGGCCAGUGCCACCGAGGCACGCUACAGCAAGCUGAAGGAGAAGCACAGUGAGCUCGUCAACACACAUGCAGAGCUGCUCCGGAAGAACGCAGACACAGCCAAGCAGCUGACGGUGACGCAGCAGAGCCAAGAGGAGGUGGCACGUGUGAAGGAGCAGCUGGCCUUCCAGAUGGAGCAGGCCAAACGGGAGUCGGAGAUGAAGCUGGAGGAGCAGAGUGACCAGCUGGAGAAGCUCAAGAGGGAGCUGGAGGCCAAGGCUGGAGAGCUGGUCCGCACGCAGGAGGCCCUGAGCCGCUCGGAGCAGAGCGGCUUGGAGCUCAACUCGCAGCUGGUGGCGCUGGGCGCCGAGAAGGAUGUGCUGAGCAGUGCCGCACGGCAGCGGGAGGCCGAGCUGCUGGCAGCCCAGGAGCGGGCCCGCGAGACGGAGGCGGCGCUGAGCCAGGAGCGGGGCAAGCUGCAGGGCCGGCUGGCCCAGAAGGAGUGUGAGGAGCAGGGGCUGCAGCGGAGGCUCCUGGACGAGCAGUUUGCGGUGCUCCGGGGCGCGGCCACCGAGGCAGAGGGCAUCCUCCGGGACGCCAUGAGCAAGCUGGAUGACCCCCUGCACCUGCGCUGCACCAGCUCCCCAGACUACCUGGAGAGCCGGGCCCAGGCUGCCCUGGACGCCGUGAGCGCCCUGGAGAGAGGCCACGCCCAGUACCUGACCUCGAUGUCAGAUGCCUCAGCCCUGGUGGCUGCCCUGACCCGGUUCACGCACUUGGCUGCAGACACCAUCGUCAAUGGCGGCGCCACCUCCCACCUGGCUCCCACCGACCACGCUGACCGCCUGAUGGACGCCUGCAGGGAAUGUGGGGCCCGCGGCCUGGAGCUUAUGGGGCGGCUGCAGGACCGGCAGGCUCUGCCGCAGGCGCAGCCCAGCCUGGUGCAGGGGCCCCUGCGGGACGUCCUGCGGCUGGCCCAGGAGCUGAAACCCAAGAGCCUGGACGUGCGUCAGGAGGAGCUUGGGGCCAUGGUGGACAAGGAGAUGGCAGCCACAUCUGCAGCCAUCGAAGAUGCCGUGCGGAGGAUCGAGGACAUGAUGAACCAGGCCCGCCACUUGAGCUCUGGGGUGAAGCUGGAGGUGAACGAGAGGAUCCUCACCUCCUGCACAGACCUGAUGAAGGCCAUCCGGCUCCUGGUGAUGGCGUCCACCAGCCUGCAGAAGGAGAUCGUGGAGAGCGGCAGGGGGGCGGCCACACAGCAAGAAUUUUAUGCCAAGAAUUCGCGCUGGACGGAAGGACUCAUCUCCGCCUCCAAGGCCGUGGGCUGGGGGGCCACACAGCUGGUGGAGUCGGCCGACAGGGUGGUGCUUCACACGGGCAAGUACGAGGAGCUCAUCGUCUGUUCCCACGAGGUCGCGGCUAGCACGGCCCAGCUGGUGGCCGCCUCCAAGGUGAAGGCCGAGCGGCACAGCCGCCACCUGGGCCGCCUGCAGGAGUGCUCCCGCACUGUCAACGAGAUGGCCGCCAACGUGGUGGCUUCCACCAGGUCGGGCCAGGAGCAGGUGGAGGACAGAGACGCCAUGGACUUCUCAGGGCUGUCCCUCAUCAAGCUGAAGAAGCAGGAGAUGGAAACCCAGGUGCGGGUCCUGGAGCUGGAGCAGCGGCUGGAGGCUGAGCGCGUGCGGCUGGGGGAGCUGCGGAAGCAGCACUACGCGCUGGCAGGGGCAGUGGGGGUGCCUGGCGAGGAGGAGCCGGGCCACAUGCCCACUGCCCCCCGAAGCGGGGCCUCCAAGAAGCCGCCCCUGGCCCAGAAGCCCACCCUGGCCCCCCGGCAGGACCACCAGCUCGACAGGAAGGACGGCGUCCACCCGGCCCAGCUCCUGAACUGCUAGGCGGGCGAGGCCCUCGGCGCCGGGGCCGCGGGCGGGGGUCUCGGGCUGGGCCGCCGACUCGGCCGGAGCCUCGGAGGGGCCCACACGCGCUGCACAGCGGCCCUGCCGGGGGGCGCCCUCCCGGCCGCAGGAAACUCCCCGGGCAGCCGGGCCCGCCGGCCUGACGCAGCUCUUCAGAAAAUACAUGGAACAGACAUGCUGUUCGAGUUAGCGCCUUUCUUCAUGAGUUUCCGUUCAGCACGCUGGGACUGGGGCAGUGCAGGGGGGCCUCGCCCGCCGUCUGGGCUCACAGUGUGAGGUUAGGGACGAGCAGAAAAUCCCAGUCCACGGCGGCUGUCGGGCUGCGGCCGCCUCGGGAUGCUGAUUUCUUGGAUCUGCCAGUGUGAGCGCUCAGCUGCUCUGACCUUUGGCAAAGUGAGGUGCUCUGGGGCACUUAUCCAGGGUCUGGGGGCAUUGGAUGACAGAGCUGGGGGGCUGACAGGGCAGCAGAAGAGAACGUCUGGGAAGAGAAGCCAGCGAUUGCUAGGGUGGGAGGGACGGCGGGGAGAGAUUGGCAUCAGCAUCCCUGGGGGUGCCGGGCAGAUCCCAGGGUUCCCAUGUCCCAGCUGGGACCCACCAGGCUGGCAGUGUCCUCCUGUUUCCUGUCCACUCCGCUGCUCAGGUUGCCCUCAGAGGCCCGGGGCUGGUUGCGCCCCAUCGCCCACUUUCCCCUCCCCACACAGCUCUUCCCAUCCCUCCUGGAGGUGGGGGCUUGGCUCUGGGCCCUUUUGUCUCAGCUACAAGGGACGGCCCAGAGACAGAGCCAGCCCACCCUCUGGUGGACAAUGGGGUGCCUGUGCUCGACAGGAAGCCCAGGGUACUUCUCGGAGGCAGGGGGACAGGACUGCGGGUGCUGUUUGCAAACUCCAGCAGAGCAGCAGCACUCUGUGCCUCCUGAGGUUGGGCCCCAGCCUUGCCUGCCCACCUGAGCCAGUCAGUGUUGGAAUGAGCACCCUACGCAUGCCCAGGGUGGUUGGUGGGACCAGGUGGGAAUGGUUAGUGGCAGGACCCACACUCACCCCCUCCAGCCUCCUCCUGCCCCUUAACCUCGGGUCCUUAUUCUGGGACAGCCACCAAGUAUCAGCCGAGGUCUGGAGCCAAGCAAAAGGAGCCUGCUCUUUUGUCUUGUAUUUGGGAUUUGCUUUGGGUGAGGUGUCAGAUGGGCACAGAGCUCACGGUGGACUCUAGCGCCGCUGCCCCACGGUGAGGGCUGCACCUGGGCUGUUCGUUUCUCCAGGGACCCACACUCCCUAGUAAGGCCCAGGAGGGACGUUGGCCAGAGGACCUCUGGGAGUUUCUGCAGAUAAUAGAGCACUUGGAACCACACACAAAAUUGCUAGUGCUGCUUCUGGUUCUGCCAAGAAGCAUUCCAGCUUUUUUCUCUGGGAGGUUUAUGUAACUCGCAGCCCUGAGAUUGUGUGCCUACCAUUUCAGCGGUGACCCCUUCCUUCCAAGCGGGAGGCUGCGUGUCAGCGGCUUAGGGCUUUCCUCCCCCACCCCCGAGGCCUCCCUCCAGGGCUACCCCUAUACCCCGCCCGGAUCCCCAACGGCCAGACUGGGCCCCUCAGGCCGAAGCCUCCCAGGAGCCUGAGUUCCCUCCUCCACAGCUCUUUCCCCGAUUGAAAACAUGCUGCUUUGAACACGGGUGGUGACUGCUGAGUUACUGCAGUUGAGAAUUUCCAUUAAAUUUCCUGCUGCCUGA